UUCCGGGAAUGUGAACGUAGUAAUUCGGUAGACAGGAGACGUAGUAAUUCGAUUACCACUCAUCUAAAUCCUUACGGACUCAGGAAAGCCUGCCAAGAACGACCGCAAAUUACCACUCAUCUGAAUCCUUAUGGACCAGGAAUAUGUAAGCGUGAUAGCCCCG